AUGGUGACGGCGGCAGUGUUCCGCCAAAUGUUCAUCGCGCUCCCUGGUGCGCGGGUGAACGGAGACCUGCCUGUCACUCAGUUGUGCGGCAAGCACUGGAGCGCCGAAAUGCAUAUGGUGAUCUCAAGGGGCAGCAUAGCUGACGCGAAGAUAAUUUCAAUUGGCGUUUCUGGGCACCAGUCGAAAAGAACAGCUGGGACGGUGCCCAACGUCUACUUGUACCUCAUCUGCGCAGCCCAUCGCCUCCAAGAAAGAGGGCCUCCUACCGGUCUGCACUUGGGCAGUGAAUGUGGCCUUAAGCGCUACCGGAUCUCCAACUCGUUUCUUGGUGCUCUUGGUGCGCGUGCUCCGGAUGAUGGCGAUCUGGACAAGCCUGCUUUUCAGCAGUCGCUGGCAGGUAGUCAGAGUCAAGAAACAACGUCUCUGGAAUCGCCUGCCUCCACGUCGUCAACGGGCUCUGUGCCUGUGCCACCCGUUUCCAGCCCCACGCCGGAGUCGAGCGACCGUAGAUCCCACCGACAAGGUAUCGCAGCCUCACCCAGAUCUGAGGGAGGGGCGGCUUCGGGGAGGUCGGCUGUCGGGGGACUAGGCCUUGCCCGAAUUGUUACGGUGUCAGGCCGUGGAACCCUGACACUCGGAGAGCUUGCGAUGGAGCAGUUCAGGAGGCGGGCGAUGGAGGUGCGAGAGAAAUGGGAGAACGAGGAGCGCUACGUGAGGAGGAAUGUUGGGCGUGUCAUCGUAAAUCAGUCCUCCCGUCCUACUCUCUCACGAGUGCAGAAGUGGACGGCAUGUGCAAGACACCGGUUUCGAAUGCGAUCAGUUGCACGGCUGCGGGAGGCCGCACGACUGGAGUCUAUGGCAAGCGAAAUUGCUGCAAAGCUGCUAGCAGCAGGCGUCGAUCUCUCGCACGUCCCAGGCGGCGCCUCGCUGACACCCGGAGCGAGCGAUCAGGGCCCGCGGGUUGGCGGCGACGCAGCCGCACCAGGUACGUCAAGUGCCGGUGCACCCCCAAAAAUGGCCAUGCAAUUGUACGUGCGUUUGGGUGUUGCCGCGCUGAGGAAGGAAGCGAACGAGCUCGAGGAGCUGUUGGCUAACAAGGAUUUGAAUGUCGAACAACUGGUCGCGGAGCGCAUGGCUACCAGCCUCACUCCAAAUCCCCCUGAUGCACUUCUGCAUCAGUUGCGGAAUCACGCAAGGGGGGUGCACGCUAAACAAGCGACCCGCCGGAGAGAGAGAGCAGCGACUCUUCGGGCCCAGGCAGAUAUAUGGGAGGGCCGUCUGGCCUCAGGUGACUUGACGCAGCAGGAUCCCGAUGAGGCUCCUCCUCCAGGGAAACAGCACCCCAACCAGCAUCGAAAUCGGACACUACACAAGGCCGACGAGCACCGCAGCUCGAACAUCCACUACACGCGAGCAUCCGGCGACGUCCAGAUGUCGGCCGCCCGCUCCGACGCGUAUGUCGGGUAUGCUGGGACGUUCAACGAAGGGUGUCUAGGAGAGAAAAAAGGAACCUGUCGACUGUGGGGCCCACUGUUGAGAAAGUGGAAGACGAAGGCGAUACCAUUUGGCUCUGUCAGUGAAACGACCAGUGGCGCCGGAUGCUGUUUUGUGUUUUCAGCCGGCCGCCGCCGUGGACGUCAACAGGGGCAAGACGCAGGCGAGGGCACCGCAGCUACUGGCCCGAGUGCCCCGUCUGUGAGCAGCGCGUCGCCCAUGUCCCGCCUGGAGGGCUCACUAAGGGGUACACUGCUCGGGAGCAGUGUUCCGCUUCCAGGAAGGGGGAAUGUUGCCUACGCCAAACUUGCAGCUGACAAGCUGCGACUAGAGGCGGAGUCUAUGCUCACCAAAUGGGGGUCGCUCGAGGUUUACGUGAGAGGACGGAUUGCCGAUCGAAUGCUGGAAGAGAACAAUCGGAGUCCUAGUGUGGCUGAAGUCCGGUCCUGGUUGCGUCGGGCUCGGCAAAGGUACUACCGUUGGGGAGCACACCGCACGCAACAAGCUGCUGAGUUGCGCAACAGAGCCGGAUAUCUAGACACACAGACGCCAGCAGAGGGCGACUUCCUACGAAGCCCCCAGGAGACGCCCACUCAUCGACCUCCUUCCUCUACUGAUCUGCCAGGUGAUGAAUCGGAAGGAGUCUCAAGCGGAUUUCCACCCAGGCCGGCACCACGGGCGCCUGACCUUACGUUUGCGGACCUUGCCAUUUCGAACUUAAGGAGAGAGGCAAGGAUAAUAGAAGCCGCAUGGAGCCAUGGAGAAUGUUUUUAUGUUGCCCAGCAAGCCGCCCUUCGCAUGGUGCGAGAGAACGAUCCCUCACCUGGGCCGCUCACACAGCGAGAGUGGGCGUACAAUGAUAGAAAGGUCUUCCGUGCCGAAGUUAUGGUUCAACAGCAAAGGGCUCGAGAUCUGAGGGAUAAGGCGAACGCCCUGGAACAGGAGCUUCGCACCCUGCUCUCGUCGGCAUCGGGGCAAGUCCCAGAACCGCUGCGCGAAUCCGGAUCGACUGGUGAGUCUCCGCUGGCCCCUUUGUGA